GGCGAUGAGAGAUGGGCGCGGUCGAUCAUGGCGCUGCGAGCUCGAAUCAGGUACUACUGCUCCGUCCCAGGGAAGCCAGCGAGCAUCGGCAAGCCCGCAUCCUUCGAUUUGCCGCUGGUGGCGCGCAUGAAUCAUCCCAUCGACGCGGAGCCGGUGCCGGGCGAGGACUCCAUCACCGCCAUCCGGCAGCUCCUCAAGUGGCUCCACUGGGGUCCGGGCACCAUCGACGCGCUGGUGGACAUGAAGCACCAGUACAAGCUCCGCCUCACGCCCUUCGUGGUGGAGGGUGUUCUUCGCGCGCUCCACACCGACGUCCAGACGUGCUACGAGUUCUUCCUCUGGUCGGGCCGCCAGCCCGAGUGUGGAUUCGACGCUUACAGCUGCAGCCGCAUGGUCAUGAUCCUGGGCGCCGCUCGCGAGUACGACGUCCUCGAGAGAAUGCUGGCCGCGAUCCAAGACACUCCCUGCAGAUACCACGUCCUGGUAUCCAACGCCGUGAUCGCGGCUUACGGCCGGAGCUCCAGGAUCCACAAGGUGAUGGACGAGUUCCAGGAGCUGGACAAGCACGGAUCCAAGCCCAACGCCUACACUUACAAGUGCGUCAUCCAGUCGCUCGUCAAGGCCGGGAAUGUGGUGCUCGCCAUGGAGCUCCUGGACAAGAUGAUCAAGACCGGGCUGGAGCCCGACACUCUCCUCUGCAACGUGGUGCUGGAUGGACUGGGCAAAGCCAACAUGAUGGACGAGGCUUGCAAGCUCUUCGCGAGCAUGAAAUCCAUGGGCUGCCCCGCGGAUGACUACACGUAUGCCAUCCUCAUCCGGAGCCUCGGGCGGUGCAAGCGCGACGAGGAGGCGACGCUGCUCUUCGACGAGAUGGAGGAGCGGGGAUGCACGCCCAGCGCUCCGGCCUACACCAACGUCAUCGACAUCUACUGCAAGGCCGGGAGGAUCGAGUCGGCCAUGGUGGUGCUCAAGAAGAUGCUGGACAAGAACUUGGCACCGGACGACUACACUCUCAACUCGCUCAUCACGGCCGUGAGCCGGACCGGGAGGGUCCGCGGCGUCUACCAGGUGAUCCGCGACUCGAAACACUUCGCCACCGCUGCCAGCAUGAAUGCUCUCAUCGCCAACUUGAGCCGGCGAGGGAACGUGAGCGAGGCGUGCAUGAUCUUCGCGGAGAUGAAGUCGGACGGGAUCGAGGCGGAUGCUAGCACGUACGCGCUGGUUCUGGACGCGCUCAGCCGGGGGCGUGAGAUCGACCGAGCGGUGGAGCUGUUUGGCGAGAUGGAGCAGCGCAAGAUCGCGAUGAAGAUCGAGAGCUGCAACUCGCUGCUGCUGGCGGUGGGACGAGCCGGGAAGACGGAGCUGGCUUGCGAGAUCUUCGAGCGGAUGAAGAAGAGUGGAGUGGCUGUCAACACCGUCUCCUUCAACGCCAUGCUCGACUGCUGCGGCAAGGCUGGGAAAGUUGGCCUGGCGUAUCAGUUCAUGGACGAGAUGGAGGCCCGCGGGAUCAAGCCGAACUCGAUCACUUUCAACACGCUCAUCAACUGCCUGGGACGAGCAAAGUACGCGUCCGAGGCGUACAAGGUGC